AUGAGCGAGAAAAAAGGCCGACGAGUGAUUGUUGAUUCCGAUGAGGAGGAGGACGUGGGAGUGCCCCAGGCGUCGACUCUCGAGGACGACGUUUUUGGCGAUGACGACAAUACAAACGACAAGAGUGGAGCCAAGGAGGACAACGAAGACGGUGAAAAGAACGAUGAUGGUGAAGAAGACGAGGACGAUGAGGACGACAAGCCAUCGAAAACGGUGGCUGCCGACGACUCCGAGUCGGAUCUGUCGGACAUCGAGAACGACAAUCUGUUUGGAGACGCUCCUGACACCCGAUCUACAGCUGAGCGUCUGGCGGACGAAAACGAGGACGAGUUCGAGGAGAUUGAGCAGCAGGAGCUGGAGAUUGCGCUGCCGCGGUUUCCGCCGGCCAUCAAGCCCAACGAGAAGCUGUUUCUGAGCCGAGUUCCGGCGUUUCUGCAGAUUGAUCCGCAUCCGUUCGACUCGUCGGAGUUCCUGAAAUCCGCCGAGGAGGGAAACAAGGAUGCAGACACGUCCAAGUCGCUGCGACUCAAGACGCAGGCCGAAAACACUCUGCGGUGGAAGUACGGCAAGGGAGGAGACGGGUCCACGGUCACCAAGGAGUCUAACGCGCGGUUUGUCAAGUGGAGCGACGGGUCUCUGUCUUUGCAGCUUGGCGAAGAGUUAUUUGACGUGAUUCGAAAGCCCGUGGAGGACACGUCGCUGGCGCUGUCACACCCCGAGCAGGAGGUUCUGCAGACGUCUGGAGUUCUGUCCGAGAACUUCUCCUACGUUCCUACUUCCACCAAGUCGCUCACCCACAAGCGGCUUACAGAGGCGCUGGCCAAGCGAACGCUCAAGUCCGCAGCGGUGUCGUCGUGGGACACCACCGAUGACCCCGACAAGGUACAGCGAGAGGCCGAGAAGGCCGAGAACAUGGCCAACGCUGCGCGCCGAAAGCUGGAGAGCAAACGACGGCAGGCCGAGGAGGAUUUCGGCAAGACGGCGGCCGAUGCCAUGGCGGAGGACGAGGAGAUGGAGCACAACUACGAGUCGCGAAACGCCUACGAGGAGGAUGACUUUGUGGUGGACGACGACGAGGAGGAGGACGAUGAGGAGGAGGAGAGAGCUAAGCGACUGCAGAAACUCAAGUCGGACGGCGCAAAGCUGUACAAGAACCGAAGGGAUCUGGAUGAGGAUGAUGAGGAUGAAGAGGAGGUGGGAGUGAAGAAGCGGCGGGUUAUUGAUAGUGAUGAUGAUGAGUAG